UACUACUUAGUCAACUUUGAUCAUUUUGCUUGAUGUAGGUUUCCUAUUGAUCGUUUUCUAAGUGUAAAGGGCAGAACAAAACCUCUAAUUUUUUACAAAGUCGAUAAUUCAGAACAUGUAACACCAAGUUCUAUAAGCUUGUAAUGUCUAUCCUAUACUUCGUUUGUGGUAUCUUGUAAUUACAUAGUUAGCGUCGGUAUUUGAAAAUUUAACUGUGAUCAAUUGUGGUAAAUUUGACAGAAUAUUAGAAAUUGUGAUUUUUAAAUAAUCUUUCAAUAUUAAUGAUGAAUGAUAAGAAAGAAAUUUUAUGCGAUAUAUAUAACACUUUAGUACAAAUAAGAUAUCCCAAUAUUACAACAGCAGCAGUUGAAAAUAUUGAAAUAACAAUUCUUGAAGGAGGAAAUCGUGUCUCUUUAUUAUCUUGGCUUUUAAUUGAAAAAAGUCAAGAAAUAGCAACAGUGUUGCAAAAAUUAAAGGGAUCUGAUUUAGAAGAAAAAUUAUUAGAAUAUUAUUCUAAGAUUGGGAUUUGCGGUAAUAAGAAUAUUUUAUUGGGACAUUGUACAUUUCAAGAACAGCUUCCUACUUUGAAGUUAUUAUUAGAUUUCAUGAAGCUUAUGUAUAUUGAAUCAGCCAAUGAUGAACAUAUUAAAACAACAAAAUCCACUACUGACAUAGUACAGGUCUUUAAUAAUGGAAGUUCAGAUUCAGUGAUGUCUAUUAUUCAACCAAAACUAAAUUAUUUUGAAUCUCUGGAGUACUUGAAUAACAUACAAAAAUUUGUGAAAGAAUUUGAAAGUCUGAGUUUAAAUUCUGAAUGCGAGAAAGAAGACAAUGUGAAAGAAAAUAAAUCAGAGGAAAAGAAAAAAAUGAAUUCUGAGAAUGAUAAAGAUUCAUUGUUUAAUUCAGAAUAUGAAAAAUUUUUGGAGGCUUUUUCAACUAUUAACUCUUGGCCAAUAUCGAAAGAGAAAAGUAUAAAUACUCUUUAUUGUAUGGAUUCAGAGAUUAAAGACAUAUAUUCAAACUUCUCGUCUUUGACACAGUUUUUAGGAACUGUGGAUGAAAUUUCUAAUACCGUCAUACCAGAAGGAAUAGAAAAAGUAGUUACACCAUUGAAUGAAAUUAUUGAAAAUACUCUUAUUUCAACAGAAAUAAUUAUGGAUGUACAUGUAGAUAGUUUUUGAUAUUAAUUAUAAAAUAUUGUAUAUUGAAUUUAUAUUUGUAUUUUUUAUACCUUUGUAAAUUAUACUGAUUUUUAUUUGACUAAUUAAAAGGAACUUUAUUUUUCUUGGA